AUGGAAAAGCUAUGCUACAGGGAGAUAUCCCCAGGGCCUAAGUGUCCGCUCAGCAGGAAGUCACACCUCUUUCCAACUUCAAUAAUGACCGCACUUACAUAUCAGCUCAGAUGGCUUCUUCAGAGGUUACGUUCUUCGCGUGCCAUAGCCUCUCUCUCUUCCAAGAUUACCUUGCUUGAUCUGGUAGACUUCUAUCAACAAAUGAAUAAUAUUUUGCUUCAUCUUGAUAUUCAUACAAACAGAGCAUUUGCUCUCCCCAACCCGCCAAGCCAACAGAGGAUGACUCAUAUACCUCGUUGCCACACUAACCACCACUCCUACCCUUCUUCCCACUUACCACUUGUCGGCCCGCUUGGCUUAGUGGUACAGCGUCUCACUCAAGAUCCUCGGUUCGAUUCCGAGAGUGGGCAUUUUUUAUUUUUGCACUUGGAAGUGAUUGCGACCCUUACAUUUUGGCUUGCACUGAAUAUUUUAUUGGUUUUGGGGGUUGGUGUUGAGUUCGGGUGCUGGGAAGUCGAGGUGCAAGUUGUGGCUUGCGGGGCUGGGGCUGGGCACGUGAUGCACUUCUUUUUCAUGUAUCUAUUAAAGGGAGAUUUAGGAUCAUAG